CACGGUAAGUAAGCCAGGGAUGUGCUUAUUUGAAAUGCGCAGCGCAUUCUUCUCCAGCGGGCGGAGAGACGAGUCGCAGAGGUCCGCAGGACAAGGUGCUCUACCCUCAUCAUCAUCCCAAUUAGGCUCCGUUUCUCUUUUAAAAACCCGGAUCACAUAUUUGAAGGAUCUUUUUUUUUUUUUUUUGCCACAUUUAGCGACGAGCUGAAGUUAUUGUCGGUCCGUGCAGAUUGGAAUCCCCCCCCCCCCAACCCCCCCCCCUCACCAUCUCUGUAGAAGCUGCUCCGGGGGACAGCGUGCCGGGUUGGAGGUUGUGGCUGCUGCUCUGGAGGAACCUUGAUUUGACGAUAGUAAGCUGAGCUGCACUGUCAAUCAGAACCAGACCGUCUCUACGAGACCAAGACCGUCAGUGGAGGAAUCAGAACAUCCAUAGGAGCAAAACUGACUCUAGAAGAACCCGACCAUCUCUAGAGGAACCAAACCAACUCAAGGCUAACCAGACCAUUUCUAGAGGAACCAUGGCUGCCUCCAUGUCUCUGAUUCUACCUCUACUGCUGCUGCAUAUGGCCUCCGGCCAACACGGACCAUCGGACUGUGUCAUCAAGAUGGAGCGCGAGAAAUGUCUGGAGAAUAUGGCGGCGUACGAACCGGUCAACGACGAAGAAAUAGUAUGUCCCUGGUUCUGGGAUAACCUGACGUGCUGGGAGCCGGCCAGUCUAGGCGAAGUAAUCGAGGUCAACUGCCCUUCACUCUUCUCAGAGUCCAUCAGUGAAGAAGACUACGAGGUGGGGAAGGUGAGCCGUAACUGUACAGAGUUCGGCUGGUCGGAUACGUUCCCUCACUAUGUGGACGCCUGCCUCUUCGACGAGGGAAACAGCACACAUACCGACAUGUACUACCUGUCCGUCAAGGCGCUGUACACGGUGGGCUACAGCACCUCCCUCGUCUCCUUGACGACGGCCAUGGUCAUCCUCUGCAGGUUCAGGAAGCUGCACUGCACCAGGAACUUCAUUCACAUGAACCUGUUUGUGUCCUUCAUCCUGCGGGCCAUCUCCGUCUUCAUCAAAGAUGGAGUUCUGUACGCCAAGGAGGACAGCGACCAUUGCUUUAUCCACACAGUGGAAUGUCGAGCGGUGAUGAUAUUCUUCCAUUACUGCGUGCUCUCCAACUACUUCUGGCUGUUCAUUGAAGGCCUCUACCUGUUCACCCUGCUGGUAGAGACCUUCUUCCCCGAGAGACGCUACUUCUACUGGUACAUCAUCAUCGGCUGGGGAACCCCAACGGUUUGCGUGACCAUCUGGGCCGUAUUGAGACUGCACUUUGAUGACAUCGGGUGCUGGGAUAUGAAUGACAACGCUGCCAUCUGGUGGGUGAUCAAGGGACCGGUGCUAGCGUCCAUAAUGGUCAACUUCGUCCUCUUUAUCGGAAUAAUCGUAAUCCUUGUCCAGAAGCUGCAGUCCCCAGACAUCGGGGGAAAUGAAUCAAGUAUUUACCUGAGGCUGGCCCGCUCCACUCUGCUCCUCAUUCCUCUAUUUGGUAUCCACUACACGGUGUUCGCCUUCUCCCCGGAGAACGUGAGCAAGAGGGAGCGUCUGGUCUUCGAGCUGGGCCUGGGCUCCUUCCAGGGCUUUGUGGUGGCUGUCCUCUACUGUUUCCUGAACGGAGAGUAUAUCCCUCAAGGUGCAAUCGGAGAUCAAGAGGAAAUGGCGCAGCUGGACGGUGAACCGGUACUUUGCUGUGGACCUGAAGCACCGCCACCCUUCGCUGGCGAGCAGUGGGGUGAACGGGGGGACCCAGCUGUCCAUCCUCAGCAAGAGCAGCUCACAGAUACGUAUGUCCAGCCUGCAGGCCGAGACGCCAGCCAGCUGAACGGCAGCCAGAGCCAGCCCAUAAUCAUGUCCAGCCCUGACGCCAACACCACCACCAACGCCGCCAUGACCACCGCCAAGAGCACCACUAACCUCUCCAUCGCCAGGCCCACCUACACCCCUCUGCCCAUGACCAGCCUGUCCAACCCCUUCCCCAACCCCUACCCGGACACCUACCCGGACGCGGCCGUCAUGGAGACCCAGCUCGGCCCAGACAACAGCGACCCCCCGGCGGAGGCCCAGAGGCCGGCCAAACCCCCAGAGCAUCCUUUAGUCUAGCCCACCUGAUGAACAACCACCACCCUGUUCCAAAAUGCCCCCGAUGUGCCAAAAAAACCACCAACCUACAUCCGACAUUCCGCCCCUCCUAAGCUGCUUGUCCAGGUGCUGCUGCUGUGAAAUCCAAAAAAAAUAUCAGAUGGCUUCAAACGGGUCUUUGAUUGUAAAGGAGUCCUCUGAGCAAGAAGAUAGUUAAAGUUAUGUACAUACUACUGUGGUUACUUUCAAUAGGGUGUUUUGAUUGACCUUAAAAGCACAGCUAGGCCCGCUUGAAGAAUCAUCUUAUCCGUGCCAUCAUUGGAAAGUAACAACCAUUCCAUUUUGACAGAGGAAAUUAAGUUUGUGUUCUCUUCUUCUCGUCCAUGCCUCAAAGUGUUUUCCAGUAUUUGUAUUUGUCGAUAUCUUUAGCUCUCUCUCUUAAGAAGAACUCAGUAUUAAUGUGCUGUUGUGUGCCAAACCCCCCUUUGGAACGGCCAACUGAUCUGACACAAGUAAAGACUCUGGGGAAACAGCAGCCACUUCAUGUCAACUUUUCAAUACAACCCACUAGGUACUGAUGUCCUGGAGGUUGUCUUUUUCCUCAUUUACAACAAGUGUUAUGAGUGAAACUAAGGUUGAAUUGAUGCAUGUUGACUCCCAAGAAGAAAAUAUGGUAGUGUUUCGGGGAGGUGGCUUAUCUCCACCGUGCUCUUCGUGGGAGCUGACAAACGUCACUACUCCUCAUUCGUGAAAUAGUUUUUUUCAAUCCAGUGCUGUGGGUGAGUUGGCAAUUUUGUCGACUAAAUGUGUUAUUUCUGGAGGAGGCACAUUCUAGCGCGCACUGCCGUUUGAAUAUUAUAUUCAUAAUGUAUCAAUAUCAUGGCGGCCGUUUUGAGAAAUGUUGAGCGGAUGUUUCGUCUUGAUUUUACAGAUGAAACAAAGCAGUUUACGUGAAAGAGUUUAUGUAUAUUUACUGUCCAGAUUCACAAAAUGCCAAAAACAUUGCCCGAGACAAAAUGCUUGAUGCAGGAAUGCAUUUCUCGUUUCUAACAAGUGAAUUGUUACGAUUUCCAACAACGACCAUAAGGAAACGAAGCUAGCUGACCUUCUGAAAUCCCCCGAGAAGCUGCCUCCUCUCGCGGGAGGUUGGGUCCGCGUGGUUCUAAACAGCCGCUAGUACAUAACAUGUCAACGAAAGAUAACUCUUCAGAGGAUGUAAUAUAUAACAUUUAAAUGCUCAAGAAUUUGUUUAUUAAUUCAAACGAUGGUGAUUAAUUUUUUCUCGCUAUUUGACUUGACUUUGCUCGUUCUUAUUUGUAAAUCGUUUGUGUUUGUAGUGGAUUUCGACGAUUUUCCCUUGAAACAUCUGAUGUCCUCACGCAGGUAUUCCCAGUUAUUUGUUCUUUCAUUUCCUUUUGUUUUCUUAAGAAAAGAAAUAUAGUAGUGAAAAGCUAUUCUGGAGGAGCCUAUCAUUUGUUUGGGACAUUACAAGUACCUCUUUCUACCCUGCAUUAUCUUUCAUGUCUGUGAUCAUAUGUUUACUCAAUAUGUGUCUGAAGAAGAAACAAGCAAACACCAACAUUGAGAACAACAAUGUCACUUUUGGAGAAAGACUUUUUACUCUGGGGUAAUUCUCUCAUUCCAAAGAAGAAGGAUAUUCUCCUUCCAUAGUUUGCACCGCUCCAGGGGUUGUCACCGGCUGCUUUUGGGCCGUCACUUGCAACCGAUGUCACUGGAGGACCUUUUCCUUUGGGGUCUGGCGACGUACCUGUCCUCUCUGAAUACACCUCUUCGCUCACUUUGUUUCUCCAGAAGUGCCUUGAUGCACAAAGUAGGUUUGAUUGCCGUUUUUAUUUCGAUAUAAAACAACGAGAAGCAAAAAAAUUGAAAAGAAAACGAAACGGAAGGUAUUUAAAAGUGUAGUUGUGUUUUCACCGCACAAGACCGGAAACAUUAAACCUUGGGGGCCUUUAAAAGUAGCUUAUCAGUGUUUGAGAUGGGCCCAACAUAAUAUUGAUAGUUUUAAUGCACCUGUUAUAUUAAUUCUGAAUGGGUUUAUCACACAUAAUGUAUCUCUUCAUCUUGGCACACCCAACCUUUUUAAAUUGUAUAAUAAUCAACUAUAAUUGAUCAAAACUGUCCUGAGUUUAUAUUGCAGUUAUAUCAUCCAAACCUUAAAAUGUCUUGCAAGCUUUGGAAAUCUUGUCUCGAUGACCAGACAUGGAAACUUUAAGUACAGCUGAAGUCAAACAAAUGCAUUUGUGGCUGCUAAAAUUUAUUAUUGGACAGUAUUAUCAGGCCAAAUAGGCCAAUAUAUGUCAUACAAUUACCGAAAAAUAGCCUAUCUAUAAUGCACAUUUACAAAUCCUAUAAGGCAUACAAGUAUUUUUUUUCCAUAUCAGGCAGUCCGUAAAGAUUUUGUAAAAUCAAAGAAGGGCUGACCUGGAACUGUAUUUUCAUUAAUUAUUUUUUACUGUAUACGUUGUUGUAGUUUCUGCUCUGGCAUGAAAUAAUAAUACAUUUAAUACGAAAGUGCAGAUUUACUUACAGCCAUACGGGGGCGCUAUUUAACCGUAUGUCCCUGGUCGCGAUAAAUUCGGUCCAGAAUGUGGUUUAAAUUAAUUAUUAUUUGAGGUUAUUAUUAACAUAAUGACAAUCUUGUUUAGUUAUGAGCCUUUGAAAUAUAUAUAUAUAUAUAUUUAUGUGUACAUGAUUAUUUACGGUCCAUGUCGUCGAUAGUGUAUUUGGAGCCUUAUAUAGCCGGUACUAUGUUGAUGUCAAGUUAGAAAUAAUGACGCUGUCAAAAAGCUGAAGAUGAAGUAGUUUAGUGGCUUCUAGUAAAAUACAAACGUUCUGCAGUUUCGUGUUUACAACGGAAAUAAGCUGCCAUUGCUUUAUCUUAUAAAUUAUACCUUUUGUGGUUCAAAGUGAUCAAGCUUUUAACAUAUUUGCUGUGAUGGUUUUUGCUACUCCUUUUUGUAACGGUGGUUGUUUAAAGUAUUUUACGCCUAAUGUGAUAUAUUCUCUCGAAGGCUGCUACUGCAUGCAUUUGAAAUAGUCCCAACCUCAUUUGUACAGACAGAACUAAAUUGGUGAUUUUUAACAUAUGUCAUUAUGUGAACAUAUAUUCACUGUCAUAGCAGGAUGAGCCAAUAAGAAGGGUGUUUCAAAGGGCAUCCUUGAAAUUCAAGUGCCAAACAGGAAUUAACUGAACAUAUUUAUAUUUAUUCUACUACAAUCUGCUGCAUUAUCGGAACACACCUUGAGGAAGAUAUUGAAGCAUUUAUUUUCAUUUGGUCAAUUUUCAUUAAAAUGUAAUUUGACUCUGUUCAGCCGUGAGUGUGAUUUGGCUCAUCCAGACACUGAUGGCUGAAUGUAAAAUGUGUGUUUUGUAAAGGGAAUGAAUUCCAAAUUUUCUUUGACUUCUUUCUGUCCUGCCUGACAUCUCAUAAGCAUCGUAUCACAUACAAAUGCUAAUGUUGGAGAUUUUGUACAUUAUGGACAUUAAACGUUUUGAACUUG